GGAGCCGGAGGCUGCAGAGCUGGCGAGCCCGGGGAAAGCAGAGGGAGGGCCAGGCACCUGCGCUUGGUCCUGCACUGUCUCAGCUGAUGAUGGACAUCUGCACAGAGCCCACCGCCGAGUCCAGAUGACGCUCAUGCCAAUGGUUCCGGUGAUGGCGGUGGCCGAACCGAAAUGGGUCUCGGUCUGGGGUCGCCUCCUGUGGGUGGCGCUACUGAGCAUGGUGCUGGGGUCCCUGCUGGCCCUGCUGCUGCCGCUGGGGGCCUGGGAGGAGCAGUUCUUGGCCAUGCUCAAAGGCUUCCACCUGCUGUGGGGCAAGUUGGACAGGGUGCAGCACGCCGUCACCACAUGCACGCGCCCUUCCACAGAACUCAGCGUCACCUCCCGGGACACGGGGCUGCUGGUGAUCAAGCCCAGGGCCUCUCCAGCGGGCAGGCUGGAAGCCCAGGCCGCUCUGAACCAAGCCCUGGAGAUGAAGCGGCAGGGCAAGCGGAGCAAAGCCCACAAGCUCUUCCUGCACGCCCUCAAGAUGGACCUGGAUUUCGUGGACGCGCUCACCGAGUUCGGCGUCUUCCUGGAAGAAGACCAGGACAUCGUCCAGGCAGAUUACCUGUACACCAAGGCGCUGACCAUCUCGCCCUACAACGAGAAGGCGCUGGUCAACCGGGACCGGACGCUGCCCCUGGUGGAGGAGAUCGACCAGCGCUUCUUCAGCAUCAUCGACAGCAAGGUGAAGAAGGUCAUGUCCAUCCCCAAGGGCAGCUCGGCGCUGCGCAGGGUCAUGGAGGAGACGUACUACCACCACAUCUACCACACGGUGGCCAUCGAGGGCAACACCCUCACGCUGUCGGAGAUCAGGCACAUCCUGGAGACCCGCUACGCCGUGCCGGGCAAGAGCCUGGAGGAGCAGAACGAGGUCAUCGGCAUGCACGCCGCCCUGAAGUACAUCAACACCACCCUGGUGUCCCGCGCCGGCUCCGUGGCCAUCGACGACGUGCUGGAGAUCCACAGGCGGGUGCUGGGGUACGUGGACCCGGUGGAAGCCGGCAGGUUCCGAAGGACCCAGGUCUUGGUGGGCCACCACAUCCCGCCCCACCCACAGGAUGUGGAGAAGCAGAUGCAGGAGUUUAUCCAGUGGCUCAACUCGGAGGACGCCCUGAAUCUGCACCCCGUGGAGUUCGCUGCCUUGGCACACUAUAAGCUGGUCUACAUCCACCCCUUCAUCGACGGCAACGGAAGGACUUCCCGCCUGCUGAUGAACCUCAUCCUGAUGCAGGCCGGCUACCCGCCCAUCACCAUCCGCAAGGAGCAGCGGGCCGAGUAUUACCACGUGCUGGAGGUGGCCAACGAGGGCGACGUGAGGCCCUUCAUCCGCUUCAUCGCUAAGUGUACCGAGACCACCCUCGACACCCUCCUCUUGGCCACCACCGAGUACCCGGUGGCACUGCCAGAAGCCAAACCCAACCAUUCUGGGUUGAAGGAGACACUUCCCGUGAAGCCCUAGCUGUCAGUUCUGCAGGGCAGGCCUGAGCAGAGACAAAGAAGACACGUGGCAUUUCAACAAGCUCAGUCAUCUCCCCUCACCUAGGAGGAGAACUUGCACAUUCUUCAUUUUGGGGUUUGAGUUACAGGGAUAACUAAGUUAUUAUGGCUCGUCUUGAAGAUAAUUUAUCAUUCUACCUGCUUAUUUAUUUUUCCUCUGGAGUAAGCGGUGUGUCCAUGGCAUUAGCUGGGCCAUGCUUUGUGUGUGGACCCUGGCCAGUCUGUAGGGCAUCACUGCUCCCGGGGUGACCAGAACACCCAAGUUCUGGAGCAGAAUUUGCAUUAAGGUCAGGGAAGGAGACCCAGGAGAGCCUUCAAGAAUAAUGCCAAGUCUUCCUCUCAGCCGGGGUUUGGAGAAAGGGCUGAAAGCCUACUGUCGCUCUCUCUCAAAGGUUUUCACUCCCCUGGAAAGAUUGGCGCCGUGCCUAAUUUUUCACUGGCAGAGCAGGUCUUUAAAACAGGAAACAAAUUAGCACUGGUACCUCUUCUAGCCAAGAUACCUUGAAGCUUUUCCAGAAAGUCUUCAGCCAGAGUUACUGAAGCAAUGGUCUUACCAGCAGCAGGGUUUUGUUUGUUUUUAACGCUAGAAAAUUUUUCUAAUUAAGAGCAAGGGAGUAGCCAGCAGGGUGGGUUUUGGGCUUCGAUGCUUCUUCUGCCGGAACUUGACCAGAUACUUCAUUUUCUUUUAAGCUAUCCGCGUCCCAGCUAUCUGUUAUCCAACAGCUGAACGCAAGCCAUGCUCCAAACCAGGUAUUGUGCAGGUAGGCAGGUCUGCCCACCUGUUCCACAGGUAGACAUCAGAGAACACAGGUGCCACACGGACACUGACCAUUUUUUAUUGUGAAGGAGCGUGUUGGCACUGUGGCACCAAGGAAAAACCACAGCCAGUCCUUGCCCUCUGUUCUGUAGCUUUAGCCACUCCAUGGCCUGCCCACCUGCCCACCCUACUUCCCACAGACUGUCAGCCCACCCUUCCGGGAGGCAAAAAAGAUCACCCCUCCAAGUGGCCUUAUUUUUUCCCCUAGAAAUUAGCAAAAUGCUAAAACCUGUUCUUUGUAAUGCAGCCCUUUUCAAAUUGUUGUUUUAUGAACACGGAGGGGAUUCUUCUCUUCCCGCUCCAUUUGGCACAGGUGCCAAUCCAACUGCUGCUAUUUAGAGUCCAGAUGGCCAGGCAUCCCCGGGGUGUUCUCCCAGUUGCAGGACCCGGCCUUGGCUCAUGUCUUAAGUGAUGAGCAGUGGACACACACACCCUCUUGUCUCUGUGAUCCAAGGCUCUGGUUUCUGCAUAGUGAGGAGGUCACUGCUCUGCUGUACCCAACAUUUAGAUAAUGACCCAGGGGUCUCACUAGCACAUUAAGAGGUGUUGUUUUAAAGGUUGAGAAAAAAUAUAUAAGCGAAAAGAUCUAUGAAAUGACCCCAGAUGAUAGUUAAUUCAAGCCUUUAUUUAAAAAAAAAUGUUUUUCAUACUUAUCAGCUGCCAAGAGGUUGUUUCUUAAACCGUAAUUCUACCAUGGUUUUGAUUUCAUAAGCACACCAAGGAAGCCCGAAUGAGGGCUUGGUUUGUACUGUAAAGGGAGAGGCAUUUGCACUUUAGUUAUAUAUGAAGGAUAUUAUUUUAACAAAUUACUGAUCCUAAUAAAGUAUUUUAUUA